AUGGAAGGGUUACCCACACCAGCAGCCCUGGGAGAAGUGACACAGUCUGCAAGACAGUUGUUGAUUGAAGAAGCUGGAGAAUGCUUGAUGAGUGAUGCAGUGGUGAAUGCUGGACCUGCUGUUUUCAUAUCAGCAUCCGGACCAAAUCCAAUCAUGGUGCAACCUCUACCUUUUCAACCUGCCACGAGUUUUGGAACAACCACACAUCCACCUCCACCUCCAAAUGUAGUUGUGACAAGGUCAGCCUCUAGCACUAGUAGUUUUGGUUCUGCUUUACGUCCAAGGAAUAUUGAUAUCAGAAUACGUACAGAAGCCCAACCCCCAGCACCAUUUUGUCGUUCAAAGGAUAAAGCCCAAGCAUUCGGGUCCCCAUCGUGUUGUUGUGAAAAUUCACUUAACGGACCUUUACGGAACAGCUCCUGGCCUUCCUUCAAAGGAUCAGGAUGCCCAACAUAA